AUGGCGUGUACGGUUUUGCCAGACGACGGCAAGACGGCGUGAAGGCAAGUAUUCUUAGUAACUGCGCUGUUAUCGCAGCGAGAUACGUACACUGUUGCCCGUUUUAAGAGUCAGGGAGCACGGUGUGUUAUUAACUGGAAUCUCAACACAUUGGCUGCUGCACUUUGAAUCGGAUCGCCGUAGUCACAAUGGUUGACGUUUAUAGGUGUGUACUGCCUACGUCACGCUGCCAAAGGACCUGAUCGUCUCAAUAUAGGGCGUCUACAGAACCAUUACCGACCGUAGCGUGAAAUAUUGGAUGCUGCAAAUAGUCGGUUUGUUGGACGUGGACGAGCCACCGCUCCCAAACCACGCUUAUGAAUACCAACAUUACAUGUUUGGGAGUUAAUGUAUAGCCAAGCUAAUUGUUGUAUCGUGGUGUAAACCGGGACAACUGGACUUCCGUGUUUCGUUUGAACAAGGACGUUGGACAAGUUAUGUGCGCAUAGUAUAGUAUAGUAUAGUCUUGCAGCAACACCCACAGCAACCACAACAAGCGCAGAACAUUGCCACGUCAUUGCGAAAAACAAGGAGGAAGGACAUGCUCAAAAUACCAGCUCUGUUUUAACGAGGUUUAUUUGUACGAGCUGGACCUCGGAACAACGCCAAUACAGGACUCUGGGAAUGACCAUGGAAAACUAACAUCUUUGAUUUUUCCGGAUACAUAAUGUGAUUUCUUAGUGAUAUUUAUAUACGUAGACGGCAGACAUACAAUUUUGUGGACAUGGCGAUUUUUCGGCGAGGAAGAGCGUCGUAUGUCCUUCUCCUGUGUGUGGCCAUGAUGCUUAGUAUGACGCUCAAUUUGCGCCUGCUUCUGAACUCGCCGAACACAGAACAGUUCGAUACGGAGGAAUCACCGUUUAAAAAUAAAAACCCACGAUGGCAAAAUAGGGCUGUGUUAAUGCCACCUGGUAAAGAGAACCCAGGAGAAACAAUGCCGGCUGCAGAUGCUAUGGAUCGUCAACAUUAUUUAGAUAUACACCAUGGCAUGGCCAACAUUACAGCAACCCCAUUGAGGGUAGGGCCAGGUGAAAUGGGAAAAGCGGUGACUGUCGCUAAAAGCGAAGAGGAAGAAAUGGAAAAGAUGUUUAAAGUGAAUUAUUUUAAUUUAAUGAUUAGUAACAGAAUAUCCAACGACAGGAGCUUGGCUGAUUAUCGUCCUCAAGGAUGUUUUGCGAAAAAAUAUUCACGUAACUUGCCGAAGACCAGCGUUAUUCUUGUCUACCACAACGAAGCAUGGAGUGUUCUUAUGAGAACUGUUCACAGCGUGAUUAAUAGAUCACCCAGACAUCUACUGGAAGAAAUAUUGCUAAUUGAUGACGCUAGCACCCGAGAAUAUCUUGGAAGGCCACUGGACGACUACAUCACUAAGUUACCGGUGCCUGUGCGAGUGCACCAUGCAAAGGAGCGGCGCGGCUUGAUUGGUGCGCGUCUUAAAGGCGCAGAGCUCGCCAAAGCACCGGUGCUCACAUUUCUCGAUUCUCACUGCGAAUGCAGUAAAGGGUGGUUGGAACCGUUGCUAGACAGGAUAGCAGCGAACAGGUCCACAGUGGUGUGCCCAGUCAUUAAUCAAAUAGACGAUCGGUCGUUUGCCUUUGUUAACGCCACAGAAGUUAGUCAUAUCGGUGGAUUUGAUUGGAAUAUUAUUUUUAAUUGGUACAACAUUCCACAGUCAGAAAAAGAUCGAAUCGGCGGGGACAAGUCAGAACCUGUCAGAUCUCCCACCAUGGCAGGCGGUCUCUUCAGCAUUGACAAAAGCUACUUUGAGGAGUUGGGAUCCUACGAUCCUGAGUUCGAAUUCUGGGGAGGAGAAAACAUCGAGCUUUCACUGAAGAUUUGGAUGUGCGGCGGCAUUUUGGAAUUUGUGCCCUGCUCCCACGUAGGUCACGUGUUCAGGAAACACAACCCACACAAAUACAAGAAUACGACGUACAACGUAGUAGGUCGAAACAACCGACGACUCGCCGAGGUAUGGCUGGACGAGUACAAAUACCUGUUUUAUGCAAACCAGCCAGAAACUAUGAAAAUUGACCCCGGCGACAUCAGCCAGAGAGUACAACUGAGAAAAAACCUGCAGUGUAAAUCGUUUCGCUGGUUUCUUCAGAAUAUUUACCCAGAUUCACAUUAUAACUUUGCGUUUGUUGGUGUGGGUCAGUUGAAAAAUGUGGCGAGUGGCGCUUGUUUGGAUUUCGGUAAAGCUGCCGGGCAUGGCGGUAAAGAGUUUAAAGGGAAGGACGCCACUAACGUUACAAGCAAUACAGUCGAGCUGUGGCCAUGCCACGACGGCAAGAUACAGCUAUUUAUUCGAACUGAUAAGAAGGAAUUCCGUUACAUUCACAUGUGUCUCGACUACAAUGUCCAGUUUUCAUUUCCAUUUCUCUACGAAUGUCACGGCCAGGGAGCCAAUCAGCAGUGGAUCCAUGACCUAAAGACACAAGCUUUGCACCACUCGUCAAGUCGGCUGUGCAUGGACCUCCCUGUGCCUGGUAGCAUGGUACCGACGAUGAAGGAAUGCAGUGGAGCGCCCUCACAGCAAUGGGAAUUCGCUAUUCGAUACCCUGGUAACAUUUCGCCCGACGAAGUAUCGUAAUCGAAGUUCCAGACCAGAACUAGCGGAUUAUAACAAACUUUAAAUAGUACGCAAUGCCGAUAUAUUAACUGUUAAACCCAAAGCUAUGCAAUACAGACGGCGACAAUGUGUAUAUAUGUAUAGUUUUGAUAAAAACUGUUUUUGCUACUUGAAGGACCCGGAUGUUGACUGAUAUAUUCAUCGGAUCGCAACUUGAAACGAGGACAACAUACAAAUACAGUACUCAUCGUUCCCUUUAUUUUGAGUGGCAGGUGGAUUUUUCAUCAAUAUUUCAUUUAAAUCAUUUUUACCACAUUUUAAAGAAAAGCUGUCAAAAAGUAGUGAUUUGGAUAAAAUUUAAAUUUCGUUUUGUUUUCAGGAUUUUCAAUAAACUAAAUUUCAUUUAAUUUAUAUAAAAAAAAUAGUUUUCCUUUCAACAGAAGAAAUCAUCUGAAAGAAAGUAAUAAUAUUGUAUUCAAUUCUGGCCCUUUUGUUGCAGUUACACUCGUUUUUACCUGCUGUUACAUUUUACUUGUUACAUUUUAAAAAAAUAAAUUAAAAAUCAAGAGUGGCGUAUCAUUUAUACCUAGACUUGUGUUCACCCUUUUCGACUCCAGAGGACAUACUUCGUCAUGUAGCGAGGCCUUAAACCAUUUGCAGGUAAAGAUAACAAUUGUACACCUG